UAUAUAUAUAUGGGCAGAAAAGAAGAAAACCUUUACAUUCUUCCAGUUCAUGCUUGCUACAGAGGGUCCAUCUUCAAACUCCUACGCAAAGGAACAUGAAGCACUCCUUUUCGUUGAGUUUCAACUUUGUUAUUGUAUUCCUACUUUUUCAUGGUUCAUUGAGCUUUAACAACUUGCAUCAUUAUUGCAACGAAGCCGCAAGGAGCGAUCCAAAUCUGAGCCGUGACUUUUGUAUAGCAUCCCUUGAAGCCAUUUCCAAGAGCAAAGAGGCAAGCCUUGAAGAAUUGGUGGAGAUCUCAACAGUUCUAGCCAUGUCAAAUGCUACAAACAUUAGCUGCUACAUUUCACAACUUUUGAAAGCCCAAAAUUUAGACAAAUACUAUACGAGUGCCUUACAAGAUUGCUUAGAGCUUUACGCGGAUGCAAAUUCCACGUUGCAUGAUUCCAUGUGUGCUUUGAAGUCCAAAGAUUAUUCCAAAGCUAACAUAGAUGCCAGUGCCGCCAUGGAUUCUUCAAGUACUUGCGAGGAUGGUUUCAAGGAGAGGGAAGGCGUGGUCUCUCCCUUGACAAAGGAGAACGACACUUUUUUUCAACUGACCGCAAUUAUGCUUGCUUUUAUCAACAUGUUAAGUCGAUCAUAACUCUCAUAUAUUCAUGUUGGAGUCGCGGGUAAACCUCUAUAUGUUUAUGAUAUCAUAUGAAUUACAUAAUCUUCGUAUUUCUCUUUUAGAAAUAAUUAAAUAUAAUCUUCUUGUUUUAAUUGUAUGGUGUGGGUUUAUUUGUCUGUGUUUUUUAAAUUAGUUAUAAGCCUCAUGUUAUAGCAAGACUGGCAUGCUUUCGUAUCCCUAAGAAAGUUUGUAAUAAUCUUGAGAUAUUAUUAUAUAAUAAACUUGAAAAGG